AUGUCGCAACCGGUGCAAGUCUCUCAUAGGAUACUGUCGCCGCCCAAGGCGGAAUCAGAAGAAAGAUGGCUCUAUCUAAACAACUUCCUCCGCCAUACUGGACCGUUCACGACUGAGGAGUUCGUCUCGAGUGAGGAGGCUGCUACGAACAUAGAGAGAAUGAGUAUCUUAGUCAUAGGCGCUGGAGGCUUAGGUUGUGAGAUAUUGAAAAAUCUGGCUCUUUCUGGAUUCAAGGAUAUUCAUGUUAUUGAUAUGGACACUAUCGACGUUUCGAAUCUCAAUCGCCAGUUCCUGUUCCGCCAGGCCGACGUGGGUAAAUCAAAAGCUGAAGUUGCAGCAAAGUUCGUUGAGAAGAGGGUCAAGGGAGUCUCGAUCACACCUCACAAUUGCAAGAUUCAGGAUAAGGACGAUGACUUCUACAUGAAGUUCAACAUCGUUAUUUGCGGUCUGGACAGCAUAGAAGCUCGGAGAUGGAUUAACUCCACGCUGGUGAAUUUGGUCGACGACAACGAUCCAGAGAGUCUGAAACCUUUAAUAGAUGGUGGUACUGAAGGGUUCAAGGGCCAAUCGCGUGUCAUAUUCCCUACGAUGACUUCUUGUAUCGAAUGCCAGCUCGACAUGCACGCUCCAAGAGCUGCCGUUCCUCUCUGCACGCUGGCAACUAUCCCCCGCCAACCUGAACACUGUAUAGAGUGGGCUCAUAUCAUUGCAUGGGAGCAAGAAAAGCCAUUUCCAAAGCUGGACAACGAUGACCCGGAACAUAUCACCUGGCUGUUCAAAAAGGCUGAGACCCGAGCAAAGGAAUUUAACAUUACUGGUGUCACUUACUCCUUGACGCAGGGCGUUGUCAAAAACAUCAUUCCGGCCAUUGCCUCGACCAACGCAGUGAUUGCGGCAAGUUGUUGCAACGAAGCCUUCAAGAUCGCUACAUCGACGAACCCACCUCUCGGACUUGAAGAGAACUACAUGAUGUACAGCGGCAACGACAGCAUCUACACAUAUACUUUCAAGCACGAGAAGAAGGACGACUGCCCAGUAUGCGGAAACCUUGCACGCGGUCUCAAUGUCAACCCAAACCUCACUUUGCAAGAGUUCAUCGAGUCCUUGGCUGCCAGACCAGAAGCACAGCUCAAGAAGCCCUCCAUCCGUUCCGAGGUUAAGACUCUGUAUAUGCAAAGUCCGGAGAGCUUGAGAGUGGCAACGGCGCCGAAUCUUGAAAAGAAGAUCCACGAGCUCAUUGUGGACGGCGAGGAAAUUGCAGUCUCUGACCCGUCCUUGGGCACUGUCAAUUUCAAGUUCAAGGUCAAGUACUCCCAGGAGGUUGUUCUUUUGUUUCAGUCGGAAAACACCAAAGGCGCUGCAUUCUGA